ACUUUAAUUCAUUUUUUUGUCACAUACGUACAAGAAUUUAAUAUGCUUACGUGAUUAAUAUCAUGUAAUAUAAAUACCAAUUUCGAGCUCUACAAAUUGAUGUCAAAUUAAAUCUAAUUGUAUGCGUUUGAAUGGAAAAAAUGUAAACACGGAUAGUGUCACGUGGAACGACGCACCUCGGAUUCCUCGGAAUGGAACGAUUAUGCUACAAAAUGUCAAAAAAGCAAAAGUACGAAGGACUAUAGGGGCGGCGACCGCGGCUCGAAGGGAAAGGGGGAAGGGAAGCGUGGCCGUCAGUUUCUCGCCGACCGCCGCGACGCGAGCACGCCCCGAUGCGACUCGUGCCCUGAUGCGAUGGCCUCGUCCACGAGCGGCAACAUCGUGAUCGAGUGGUUGCGAUCGCUCCACUUGGGCCAGUACGCGGAAAGUUUUAUAGACAAUGGUUAUGAUGACUUAGAAAUAUGCAAGCAGGUCGGAGAACCCGACCUGGACGCCAUCGGCGUCCUAAAUCCGACCCAUCGUGCACGCUUGCUGCACUCCGUCAGAACUUUGAGAGAGGAAGGUGCAGCGGCUGUUUACUUCACGUUGGAGGAGGCGGCUGCCGCUCGGGAUUCCUGCAGAUGUGAGGAGGAGAACAGGAAGGAGCAGGCCACAGCUGUAGUAGAGCCGGCGAAGUAUGCGGACGAGUACGAGGAAGGAAAGGCUGAGCUGGUGAAAAUUCCUCGGAUUCAGCUGAAGCGUUUGCUGCGAGAGCGGCUGGCGCAGGAUGGGAUCCGCCUGAGCCUGCAGCCGUACUCAACCACGGUCAGUGUCUGUAGAUGCGGCAGUGCUUCUCGCGUUCUGUGAAAGUGGAAUUAUUUAAAAAAUGAUUUAAGAUCACACGUGUGUAGUCCUAGUGAGUGUUUUUAUAUCGAACGAGGCCGUGUAGAGGCACUGCCAGCGUGCUAUUUCUUUUGUAUAAGUCUGUGUGUGGUACGGGCCGUCUUCGCCGCCGCGGGCGGAUCGCUUCUCGGGACGUGUUGCCAUAAAGUUUGUUGCGUGCGUGAUUUCCCUGGAGAUGGAGGAGUUUGCGCGCCUUCCUGUCGUGAGAAGAUUGUAAUCGCGUGCCUCCCGGCUCUAAAUUGGGUUUUACGAUAAAUCGCACAACCUGUUUUAGCUCCUUGAGGCGUUAAUUAGCAGAACGACUUGUUCUCGCAAAAUGAAGAUCUCGGUUCGGAAUAAACUGAGAUGCAAAUUAGUAGUCGUUUACGUUCCACUGAAGACUUAAUUGGAAAGUUAAUCAAUCUUUAAGUCGCGUCGUGUCCAAAAUAUACCUACAUGAUAGGUACAGGUAUUUUCCGUACUUAGCAUUUUAUUAAGAUUUUGUGUUAGGUUCUAACAAGACUUAUUAUUCGGUUUCAAGCAGGAUUCUUAUAAAAUCUGUGUAAUAUCAAACAAUUGUAUUUUUUUGCUUAGGCGGAUAAAAUUCGCGUAACUUUGACAAUAAAGUUGCGAAUGUUUCAAAGCUGUUCUGACAUAUCAUUGAAGAAGUUCG